AUGUACUCUAUGCCUCUUCAAGCAAGACCAUCACAAUCUCAAUCAAUCGAUUCAUUACACAACUCAUCCCAGGACCGCAGGCGAUCCUCCCAAAUUCAUGUAGAAAGCACACCUUGGAUAAACCCAAUGAUGCAAGACCAGCCCUCACCAGAGUCUCGUAACUAUAUCAUGCCUCGACACACCGAGUCUUCGCUCUCAAACCCCCACCAAGCGCAUCCCCCCCUCCCGCGUGUCUACAACACCCCCCCUCUCCCAUCAUCUAAAAUGAAUCGAGCCGUUAUUCCUUCCAAAAGAGCGGCUCAGAACAGAGCGGCUCAAAAAGCAUUUCGACAACGACGGGAGCAAUAUGUAAAAGAUCUCGAAAAGAGAUCCGGCGAAAUGGAACAUUGGAAGGAGGAAAUGGACCAACUUCGACAAGAAAACAAAAGGCUUCGCGAAACAGUCAACAAUCUAGAACGACGAUUGGCAGAGGUAGCUGGCGAAUCUAUGCCAUCCCCCGCAUCUAAUACACAGAGUACAAUAAUGCCCGGGAAUUCGCGGACAGGGCAGGAUUCCCAUGACAACGAACUACUUACUCAGCAAUCUACCGAAAUCGCACAGGACAAUUCAGACAACGAAGAGUGUGGGGAAACACCGUAUUCUCCGGGAACUAUGACUACCACCACCACAAUUAUAAUUCCUUCCAAAUCUAAACGAUCAUCAAUUGCGUCUGACGAAAAAUCCUUGGGCCAUAUUCCUGUUGAUAAUAAUAGUAAUAGUAAUAGUAAUAGUAAUCGUCCGGAUCUCAAACGUUCAUCGACAUCAGGAGCAGGCUCAUUUCUACCUGUCCCAUUGCGUGCUCCUAAUCAAACUACCUUUAUGUCUCCAACGGAACGACAGUCAAAGGAAGGACAGUGCACGAUCGGAAACCCUACCUUACACGACCAAGAAUUAACCAAGAGAAGGAAAAUCGAACCUUUGAACCAUAACCAUCAUCUGUCUUCUCCCCACACUCCCCACACGCCUCAUACACCUCAUACACCUCAUACACCUCACACACCUCACACACCUCCAUUCUCCCAAACUUCCCCGAUUCCUUUACGCUCAUAUCCCAUCACUCUUUCUCACCCUGGUUAUUCUUCUUCUUCUUCUGCGUCAUCUUCUUCUGCUUCUGCUUCUUCUUCUGCACAACAACAGCAACAAAAGCAACAACAGCAACAACAAGGGGAUACCCAAAAAACAAUAUACAAUACCCCAGGAUUGGACUCGAGUGAUACGAUGCGACAAGGACUUGGACACCCUAUCGCCUUGUCACAUCCGCAGCAGAUGGUACAACCAGGUCAUGAUUUUUGGGCAUUCGAUCCUUCACAAACCCUCGAGCUUGACUUUGACUUUGAUCCAUUCUUCGAAGACGAGUUAGAUCCACUGUCUACAGGUGCCAAUGGAGACGACCAGCCAGAUUUUGUAACCCAUGCGAAUAGUGGCAGAGUAUUGGACGAUCUAUUCGCUGUACUCCAAACACGCCAGAGACCUCAGAUCCCUAUUCAACCCGAAAAAACCUUAUCUUCAUCUGACUACACCAUGGAAACACCCGCUAGAGCAUUCAUACCUUCUAUCAUGGGAAAUGAUGUCUAUACUAGUGGUCUUGGUGAAUCUGUGGGGAGAAGGACACUUUAGACAAUCUCAUCAUCUUCUUCUUAUUCUUCCUCCUCCUACUGCUCCUCAUCCUGCUCAUUCCUACUUCAUUCCUUUAUUUACUCAUUCCUUCCUCUCUCUCCCCUCCGCCCUUGUAAGAAUUUAUACAUCGAAAAGCAAAAAUUUGACUUUCCAUCAUUCCUCUCGUGUGUGUUUAACUUUCUUCUUCUUCUUUUUCUUUCAACAUUACAGAGAACUUCUUUAACUCAAAAAAAAACUUCUUUCUCUUACUUUCUUAUCUCAUCUCACUUUUCUCCUCCUCCUCUCAUUUCUUCAUUCCCUAUCUCCCUUUUUCUUUCUUUCUCUCUUUUUCUCAUUCAACUUCUUGUCAUUCUUUUUCUUUUCUUUUUGUGAAAUAAGUAUUAACAGGAAGUAAUUUGUAAUAUAAAACGCAUGUAAUUUAAAAAAUAAUAAAUUAAAAAAGGCAAGAGCAAUGUUCCUCUUCCCC